AUGUUAUCCAAAAAACACCACCACCAUCACCAUCAUCAUAAACAUGAACAUGUUCCUCAUAUCAAAAAAGCAACUGCACAACAAAUGAAAGAAGCAAGGGAAAAGUACCUAAAAGAAGGAAAGAGGGUUCUAAUUGGCGACCUAACUGAUGCCCAAAGAGAGGCCAUUCACCAAAGAAUUGAAUCUGUUGAAAAGAUGCAACAAAAAGAUGGUGAUUUCUUAAGCUCCACCGAUUGGGGUAAUAUCAUUGGAUUAGUACUUAGUUUUACUCCUUAUGUUGGUUCAUUCCUUAAAGUUGGAUUUGGUAUUAUUUGGGGAAAAAUCUUCUCAACUGAUGGUAAAUAUAUCACCCAAGAUCAAUUCCAAUCAGAGAUGGCAUCUCUCUAUCAAAAGAUUGAAACCAUGUUGAAUGAGAAAUUGGAGGAUAGUGAAAUGAAUAGAUGUAUGGCCAUGUUUAUCGAUUGUCAAAAUCGGGGAAACAAUUUCAAUGAUCUCCUUACUCUAUUCGUUGAUAGACAUCAUGCAAAAGUUGGUAUGGUCCCAAACAAGAAUGUUGAUUACAGAGUUGAACCACCUGCUCAUUUACUUGAACUUGAUGAUGACACACUUCUUCAAAUGAUCAGAACUCAAUUCUUGGCUUAUCGUGACUUUUUAGAAGGUGCUCUUAUCAACUUCUCACAACCAUUGUAUGCUCAUAUCCUUGGUAGUCUUUAUGGAAUGACGAUGUUGAUUUAUUCCAAUUUUAUGAGAGAUGCUUGUUUCCAAGCAUCUGCAUGGGGAUUCCCAUCGGAUUAUAUCUAUGGGAGUGGUGAUGUAAAAGGUAUUCAACAAACUCUUCAUGAUAAAACUCAAGAUUUCCAUUAUUAUCUUGCAAGAUGUAACCUUUACUAUGAAUUGCAACUCAUCAAACCAGCAGUUGCUUGUCAUCCAGCAAUUAACCUUCCAGAUGAUGGUUAUAAAUUGUUCGGUCAGAUUAAUAAUCUCGAUCUCUUUGAGUACUAUUGGAGCACACCACUCAAGUGUAUUGACAACCCCGAUUCCAAUGGAAACUUUCAAUGUUUUGAACCAACAGGUGUAUGCAAGAUAUUCAAGAUUGACCCAUCUAAAAGUUCAAACCCAAUCAAUGCUGACCCUCAUUUUGAUACUGUAUCUGGAUAUAAACCAACUUAUAUUCCUUUUAUGGCAAACUCUGGUCCAAAAUAUACCCUCCAAAGAAGUGGUAAUUUCUUUGUAUAUUUGACUGUCACCUUUGCAAUUUAUGAUACACGUAUUGGUAGUGAAUGGGAUCUUUUACUCAACGGUAAAAAGGUAUUAACUCUUAAUACUACUCCUGCAGAUGAUGGUUGUCUUAGAGGACCAAGAAUGAGUUACUACUAUGAAGAGUGGAUGGUCUCUUACCAACAACAACAGGCAUCUACUUAUAUUACCUGCAAGUUUGAUUUACAGGAUUACUUUUACAGUGUUGAUGUUCAAUUAAAUGGAAAUGGAGGAUUACUUAAUUCGGUUGAAGUAUCUUACCCAAAUUAUCCUGGCAAGGAUUUUGUCAAGGUCAACAUCCCAAAGUUAGAAGGAAACUUGUCUCAUCCAAAGAAACCAGUACAGAAAUUUUAA